CUCAUUUGGCCUCACAGAGUUUUGAGUUUUACCUCGUCCAGAAGUCAGUGUCACAUCUUCCACCUGCAAUGGACACGUCGGUGGUUUACGCUGACUUAAGUGCAGCCAGGACCCGAGUGCUGAGCCAUGCAUCACCUCCAUCUCUUCCCUCAGAUGCCUGUCAGUGCCCACGCUGGCAUCGGCUGGCACUGAAACUCAGCUGUGCUGGACUGAUCCUUCUUGUCUUGAUUCUGACUGGACUAGGUAUUUCAAUGGGAUUCUUAGAGAAAAAAGCACCAAUAGAAAAAUGUGGCGUGGCUGCUCAAGAGAUCAUGGCUGAACCAACAGGGAGAUCAGCCAUACCAACAUGCCUGAAAGAUUGGCAGCCAUACCGGGAUAAAUGCUUAUUGAUUUCUCAAAUUUCCAGACCUUGGUCUGAAGGUCUAGCUGACUGCUCUGUGAGAGGAGCCACUCUGCUGCUCAUUGAAGAUCAAGAAGAAUUGAGAUACUUCCAGAAUUUCUCAAAGAGAGAAGGACAUCAGUUUUUUAUUGGACUAAAAUAUAUGCAAGUGGAGCAGAUCUGGAAGUGGACAAAUGGUUCUACUUUAAAUCCUGAUCUCUCUUCUUUGCUCUUCAGAUUACAAGUCACUGGCAAGGACAAAGAAAACAGCUGUGCAGUCAUCUCACAGACAGAAGUAUUUUCUGACACCUGUUCUGCAGACAACCGUUGGAUCUGCCAAAAGAAACUGAAACAUGUCUGAAACCCCAUGUCCUGACUCCUGAUUGUGAUUGUCAUCCCUAUUCCUUUACCCUCUACGCCAGAUCUCUGCAUUGAGCUGUCAAUGCUGCCAGCUCGCCCAGUGCAGUUGGUGAUACAAAGCAUGGUCUACAAUACCACUGUGACUCUUACAGAUGCUGCCUUCCAGUUUCUUUAAUCUGUGAAUGCAAAUGCACACAGACACAGAUGUGUUAUUCUAAGACAAGUGUUUUAUAGAUGGAAGCCCCAGCCAUCGGGGCACUGGAGGCCUUGUGUGGCCUUUGUUGAUCUCUGUGCAUGGGGUCAUCUGCAGACAGGUUCAGAAAAUUUUACAAAGUCUUAGUCUCAACUAGACUCC